GGAAACACAGUACGUCACAUCGGUAGCUUAUAAAGUAGCCACGAUCAGCUGUGCCCUUCAUUUACUCAGAUAGCAUGUUCGAACGAAUCUCUCGAGCACUAUUGCCGUGUUUGUUCGCGAUCCUGGUGUCUGGAUCGCCAACGUUCUACCAAGACUAUCAGGAGGUCAGGAAUCAAAGACAUGCUUCCUGUCCCUCGUGUCGUCGAGAACGCCCUGACGCCUUGGUAUCCUGGUACUCGGAACCAGUCAGAAGGGAGUUCCGACCCCUCGAGCCAGAAGUGGACCAGUGGCCUAUUGAACACCAGGUCCAGCCUGACCCACCCUACUACAAUCCUUACGACCGAGCCGUUAGAAGCAGAGGAGGCCCGCCUUUCCGCAGUCUCGCAGACGCAAGCAAACGCGAGAAUCCCUUCGCAUUCCAAAGGGACAUCAAUUUUGACCUGGCUCCUGCACCGACCGCCCCUGUUCGCGGUCUAGAUGAUCCAGCCCUGGACGCCCAGCCUCCUUAUCAAGUAUCUAGGAGCAUGGACAGGUCGAAUUACAUGAAGCCCAACUUCUACAACACGAUCAAUCGGCAGUCCGACUUAGCGACCCCUAAUCGAUAUUCUGAUUAUGAAUUGUCCUAUGAAGAGCCAUCCUUCGGAAGCUUUGGGUCAUCCAACUCCUAUGAGGACACAAACAAGAAGCCAUACCAGGCCUACCGAAGUGGAAGAUACCCUGACCAUUCCUUCGGUGUCGAACGCCCCCUUGUCCAACCGCAGCCCUACCCUAAAAGACCCACCCCCAAUCGCAGGGUGCCAGUAGGUCCAAGAGCACCGGACAUGGAGCAGUUCUUUCCAGCCAGAAGGGAGCAACCUCAAAGUUCCCCAAUGAUCUACUCCCCACAGGUUAGGCACAAUCCGUACAACCGGUCACCUGACCUGAAUCUCUACAAAAUGGCGCAGAACAGAGGUAGAGAUGCUGCGGAGGUCGCUAAUGACAGUGGUUUCAGAGAGCAGAUGAGGGAACAGGAGAGGCAAGAAUUGGAGAGGAGACAAAGGGAGGAAUUCGAAAAUCAGCAAAGGGUUAGAAUGGCACAGAUGAAUCAAGGUAAUGGCGGUCGUCAGAGUAAUGGCCAUUUUAGUUCUAAUGGAGGUGACCAGCAGGAACACGUGAUAGGAAACAGGGACGCCGUUAAUGAAAACACUAAUGUCGAGGUACUGGGCAAAUCUAAAGUGACCUGGAACAGGUUAACGAAAACUUCCACGGAGGUUAGUUUACCGGACAUCGAAAUAGUUACAACGCCAGAACGCGAGGUCACGACAAAGACUGCAAUCGCUGCUUAAUCCUGCGGAAAUGUUUCUCGGCUGCUAUCGCCGACCAGCUAACUGCUGGUAAUUUCGUUGGAAUGAAAUUCUCUGGUGCUGUCUUUAGGGAAUCCCGAUAGCAAUUAACGUAAGACUGUCAUCGAUUUCUAGUUCUUUUUUUAUGCAAAAAGAAACUAUUUGAUGAAAAUGUUACCAAAUGAAAAACCCUAGAUGUACAAAUUUGAAUAAAUAUAAGAAUCGAUAAAAUA